AACUCGAAAUGGCGCAAUACGUCGCACACGACCUUUCCGAUACCCCACUGAAAAUCUUCGGAAGUCUGUAAUCGAAAUAUUAUUGGGCGAUUAUGUCAGUAUUCGAGGCGAGUGCGCGCGCGACUUGCCAGUGACGGGCGAGAUGAACGCACGCAGCAUAGAGUUCGAAAUGUCCAUGGAGGGUAGGCAAGUGGACGAGGUGGUCGCCAGCAUCUUCCACACGGUGCUGUUCCAUCGCUCGAGCGGCAAGUUCACGUACAACAACGAGGAGAGCUACUCGAUACGGACGGUCAGCUACGUGGACGUGGACUGCGACUUCAUCGACUUCACGUACGUGUGCUGCGAGUCGGAGGCGCUGGGCCGCCUGGUGCGGCGCGAGGUGUCGGACUUCUCGGAGCUGCUGCGCGGCGCCGACGGCUCCAGCCCGCCGCGCGGCUCCAUCAGCCUCGAGUUCUUCCAGAAGCGCCGCGCGCGCUGGCCCUUCCAGCCCGAGUGCGUGCCCUGGGAGGUGUGGACGGUCUGCUGCGAGCUCACCGAGUCCCGCAACGAGCAGGACAUGCACGCCAAGCACGAGAGCGUCGUCGAGAUGCUGCAGGACAAGAUCGUCUUCAUCACGGAGAUCAUCAACCGCCACGAGUACGUCCCGAAGAUGCCGAGCCGGUCGGAUGCCGACCUCAUCUUCGACACGACGUACGCAGACAUCCAGCCGUACCUGUUCAAGAUCCACUACAACCUGUCCGGCGCCCCCCCCACGUCGGUCGGCAACACGGUCCGGAAGCUGAUACGCGACACGCUGUCCUUGUGAUGUACGGUGACCUGCUGUGCUCUGUACUUUCUGAGCCGGGACGUGAACGGAUCGUUUUAUAUAUUUGGGUUGCUGGUUUUAAAAUUUUGUGAUAUCGUUUGGGAGCUGGUCUACGCGAGGAGAGGUCCGUGAGUUAUUAUUUUGGAUCCUUUCGUCCCAGAGCGUGACGUCGCACGUGUUUGAUUUUGUUGAACUUUAGUUAGAGUUUUAUUCAUCAGAAGUGCAAUUAUAUUAUUGUGAACGGGGGAGAAUGUAAAUAAUUAAAAUUAUAUCGUACCUAUAUUUAUAUAUAACUAUAAUAUAUAAUAUUAUUCGCAAUGUUGUAACUGCAAUAAUGUACUUAUGCUAAUAUUUCGCACUAUCGAAAUGUAAUUAUUUAUUAUUUUAUUAUUUCACGCGGACUAAUAAUUGUUUAAGUCGCUUUUGCGUAAUGUUAAUAAUAAAACUUUUCGUUUCUAUAUAAUUAGUAGUAAUAUCAAUUAUAAUUAUAAUAAACGGAGCUCUAGCUCGAAAAGCUGGUUGAAGUGUCCAUUUAAUUUUUUUUUUAAGAUUUGACAAAUGUUUUCUUUCAUUAUAUCCUAGUUAUUUUUCGUAUUAACGCAUUCUGAGUGAAAUUUUAUGAUAAGUAACAUCCUGUAUAUUAGGUUUACAGUCAUAGGUUUAAAAUAAGACGAAUUAUAUUAUAAAGAGUUUUAAGUUGUAGCUGUAACGUCACUUAUCAAAUUCUGACACGUAGGAUUUUUUUUUGUGUUAUACGUGUUAGUGGCGAAGAAUUCAAAUUGUUAUUAAAAUUAAUUUUAGAAUUUUAUGAACAUCGAUAAUUUUAAGAUUAACGACUGAGUUUACGCUCGGUGUAAUAUAGUAUAGUCUAUUGACUAUUGGGUGUUUUAUAUUAAAAAAAGAAAAAGAAAAUGCUUUGUGAUAUUUGCAUGAAACAUUCGCCGAUUUUCGUCGUUGUAUAGAUAUAUAUGUAUAUGAAAUAUUAUUUUGUGUGUCAACGUUUUUAGAUUAGAUCGUCGUAUCGAAGAUAUUAAUUCUAUAACAUAAGUGUUGUAUAUAUUUAAAAUGUAUAGGAGAAUAUUACAAAUUUUCUCAUUUAAUAUUUUUCUUCAGAUAGUGAAUUUAUUUCAACAUUGAGAGCUUUAUGAAACUAAUGCUUAGUUAUUGGUUAUUAUUUCCACGAUUCUAAAGCGCGGAUUGGUUGGUAUCAAAUAUUUAUUACGUCGCUUAUGGAUGGUGGAAGUCGUCCCACAUAGAAAGGUGCAUGAUAUAUCAUAGUAUGUAUUUAUGUAGGUAACAAAUUGUUUCGCCUUCCGUUUAUUUAAACAAUAAAACUAAAUUUUCAUAUUAUAAAGUAA